CGCGCAUCCCGGGCCGGAUCUUUGGGUCCCUGUGCCGCUCUUGGCUCUUGCACGCUAUCCCUUUCUGGACCACCAGCAGCGGGGGCUAUUGGCAUGCCGGCAAUGCGCCGACCGGCUGGCUGCAGCGCGCGCGCGACGAGGCCGCCAAGGGAGAGGCCGCCCGGGGCCCGGCCGCUUCUCCUUGUGGCGCGUGGGGCGGGCGGGAGCGCCUCACUCAGUAUUAACUCCCGCCCUUGUAGCCUUUUGCCGGGCCCGGGCGGGCCGGGCCGCCCAUACUCCCUCCGGCCCUCCGCGGUGGCGGGCGGGGGGCGGAGUUCUACCGCUUGGGGGCCGCCGCGCCCCCGCGCCUGCCACAAAAAAUAAAAGGGAAAGCAGAAACCAAGCGCGCCGCGUUGCCGUGGGUUGCGCGCCCCGUCCUUCGUUCCAAGCGCAGGGCGUUCCGUGUGUGUCGCAUGGCCGGAGCCGCCGCGCGCCAACCAUGCUUGGAAGGAUGCAUGGCGCUGCCCCGUCGGGUCAGCACUAUGUCUUGGGCCCCUCGUUGCCCGGCCUUCCUCGAGCGGGGCUCGGGGGGGCGGCGGCAGGGGAUGAAGGGGUGGCGUCUGUAAAUGAGUAUAACGCGUGGUGCCCCUCCGCAUGUUUUUCGAAAUCUACUUGCUGGGCACGAAAGAUGGUGGUC